GACCCCACCUAGGGACCUGAGUCACUAAUGGCCUGGGAAUUUACAUCUGUCCCUUUCGUGUCCCCGUGCAGGUAACCUGAGGUCGUACCAGCUGUGGGUGGAGAGCCUCAAGAAAGGCGGAGGGGCCCUGAUCCACACUGUGAAGAGCAAGACAAACCCAGCCGUCAAGAACAUGUACAAAUACGCCAAGAGCCAUGCCCGAGACAGGCUGAAGGAGAUGCGAAGUCGCUUGAGGUACAGGGACUUGGGCCAGGCUUCAGCCCUGCAGCGAGGCGGCUCCCUGAAGUGCGACCAGCUCUCAGGCCCCAUCCUGCCCCGGAGCACCCAGUCUGAGUGCCUGCAAAGCCGUCUGCCCAUCACCCAGCACUUCGGGAAGUCCCGACCCCUGCGACCCAAUAAACGCUGCAGCGGGAUGGAGCUGGAGGCCCAGAGGGCUGCCCCGGCAGAAGGCCACAAGGCUCCCCCAGACCCCGAUGCCAUCCCUGAUGGGGGGGAGAUGGACAAGAGCUUCCUGGAGACGGGCGAGAUCGACCUGCUGGGCGAGAUCUUCGAGACGCUGAGCCUGGUGGCGCCCAGUGGACGGGGGCUGCUCUACGGGACCCGCAGCCUGGACUUCUGCAACCUGGAGGAGGGCAGCUGCUACACCAGGCUGAGGCACACGAACCCCAGUGAGGAGAACCUGAGCGGGCGCCAGGCCCGGGACCACGAGUGCUGGCUGCUGGCCGAGGAGGACGACUCGUCCCUGGAGUUCGCCCCCCCCUCUUCGGAGGAGGCCUCCCUGGCCGAGGAGGAGGCUGGGGACUCCCAGCAUGCUUUGCUGCUGCCCGCCAAGGCCACGCGCCCGGCCAGCGGGAUGUGGGACCGUGGGAUCAAUGAGGAUGAGGAGGGCCCUCCCCAGCCAGCUGAGAGGGUAGCAACGCUCAGGGUGCCCUGGCACAAGCCCUUCCAGCUCGGGGAGAAGGAGCUGGGGGGCGGAGGGGCUGGGGCAGAGCUGACACCAACCACUGGCUCUCUGGGGCCCCCUGAAGAAGUGGGGACAGGAGGCCACCCUGAAGCAGCCACUACAGGGCCAGAGUCUGGGCAGGGGGUGUGCAGAGCAGAGCCCCACCCCAAACAGGAUAGCCCCGCCCCUGAGGCAGAGCCCCUCCCCAAACAGGAUAGCCCCGCCCCUGAGGUAGAGACCCUCCCCAAACAGGAUAGCCCCGCCCCUGAAGCAGAGCCCCUCCCCAAACAGGAUAGCCCCGCCCCUGAGGCAGAGCCCCACCUCCCACUGGAUAGCCCCUCCUCCCCUAGGGUCCAGUCAGCUGUGGCUCUGUUCCAGGCCAAGGCCUGUAGGCAAACUGACAUCAGGGGCGGGGUCCCCCCGCUGGGGGCAGGGGCCACCCUGCCCAGCUCAUCCUGGCCGGAGCUGGACCAAGCCUCCCAGCCCCCGGCCCUGCCCAAGGUAUCGGAGCUGAAGAAGAGGUUUGAGUCCUAGAAGGCUGGCGGCGUGGAGAGCUGCACCCGGGGGCCCAUGCUGAGCUACUGACAUUGCUGGACCAGGGGCCCCCCAGGCAGAACUGCACCAGGACGCCCAAAAGCUGCACUGCCCCGCUCGGCUCAGGACAAUGGGGAGACGCUGGCCUGGCUCCGGCCUGCUCCACAAAGCCCGCGCGGGGGGAGGGGGGGGGCUCUGAAUAAAUGCUUAUGGUGGAACCACCAGCGGGUUGCUAUUCAAUCAGCCGUCCCACAGUGGGGCUGAACGCUCCCCAGAGCCAGCCUCCUGCUGCCUCCCACUUCCCCGCCUUGGGGCUCCGUACUCGAGGACAUCUGCAGCUUCCCCUCCCUUGGCUGACCGGAUCCCGCCCCCUGCAAAAAUGCAUCAUCAGCA